CGUCAAAAGCCGGUACCUCUAAAAGGAAGUGACCUUCUUUACGACCGCCAGAAACCACUCAACGACCGAGGGAGGCAGCUAAUACCCGUACCCGAGGGAUUUUAACCCGACGCAUUUUAAUCAAAAGCUGACUAUGGGAGACGUUGGCAAGGGAAAGAAGGUUUUCGUCCAGAAGUGUGCUCAGUGCCACACAGUAGAGCAGGGGGGCAAGCACAAGGUGGGCCCCAACCUCUGGGGUCUGUUCGGACGCAAGACCGGGCAGGCCGAGGGCUACUCGUACACAGAGGCCAACAAGAGUAAAGGUAUCGUGUGGGGUGACGACACCUUGAUGGAGUACCUGGAGAACCCCAAGAAGUACAUUCCUGGAACCAAAAUGAUCUUUGCUGGCAUCAAAAAGAAGGGAGAACGCCAGGACCUCAUUGCAUACCUUAAAUCGGCAACAUCAUGAAGAAGUCAUAAAAAAAUCUGAAUAUUUAAUGUCAUUUUAUUGUGUUUUUUUUUUUUUUGUUUAUUGUUAGACCUGCACAUGCUGAGGAUAUGGUUUAAUGUUUUGCCAUUUGUACAGAAGGUUGAUCUGUGUUGUCUAGGGUCAUAAAUUGGUACUUCUUGUGAGCCAGUGAGUUCAGUUACUUUCUCUUUUAAGGACAUGGUGUGAUCAAUUUGUUCAAGUGGCAAAACAUAAAACUGCAGUCUUCUUUUUUUUUUUUUUUUUUUUUUUUGUGAAUCGGCACAUUGACUCUAAUGAGGAGAGAAAAAAACAACUAAUCACAUUAUUUAAAAUUGUUAGACUUGAUAGGUUGUCUGACCUGUCACUCAUUCUGUUUUCCAUGACAACACAUGUCUGGUACUUUACGCUAGCAGAGCCAUCCACCAUCAACCUCAUUUUUAAAAUUGUAACUCAAAAAAAAAAAAAAAGUAAUAUCAGUUAAAUCAGAGUGAUACAGGGUGGAAAUUUGGGGAUAUUUUGGUGCUGACACUCAAUCCACACUCAGCCUUCGUGCCAAGUGGAGUUUCUGACCUUGUACAAGGAGUGACACAGGGAAUUCUGGAUUCUCGCUCAUCUAUCCUUAAAUCUUGGCCGUCAGAAACUACCACUUGCCAUGAAUGCUCUCUAGAUUUCACAGACUGAACAUUUUGUCCUCUGCCACUUUUGGACAAUACCUCUUGUUGUUUUCUAGGACUCCUGACAAAGCCUGAUCCUCCGGGUUACUCAAGCAGCCCUUCUGAAUACUGGUACUCAAUAGUUUAAAAAAAAAAAAAAAUGUGCUAAGGGUGAUGCACUGACUUUGCCUCCUUACAGCUAAGAAUGGGGGGGGGGUAUAAAUAUAUAUUACUGCCUUCAAAACCACCACCAUGCUGAGAUACCUACAGUGUGAAGUCAGCUGGCAUACAGUCACCAUGCCUAACAAUGUUGUGGAGCUACUGUAUUAUAUAGAAAACUAUCAAGGGCACCAUCUGGAGUGAAGGAAGAUUUUGUUAUUUACCUGGUUUUUACAGGCCUGAAGGAAUAUCGUUUUAAGUUAUUACCGUCAUCUGACAGAAUGAAUCUGUAAAGUAUUUUAAUGGGGUUGCUUGCUGUCAGUGUAUACACACAGAUAUACUGUAUGCACAUGAAGAAUAUUGUAAUGUGGUAUCUAUUUUGUGUGGUUGUGGACAGGAUGGUUGUAGGAUCAAUUAAAAGAAAACGUCCAGAAAUGUAA